UGCCAUGGUGACCGCCGGAGUCACGCAGCUCCACCCCUUCCUCGCGGCGUGGCCCCGCCCCCCGAACCCGGAAACGAGAGGCUCGAGCCAGCUGCGCGAACGAUUCGGAAGGAGGGAGGGCGGUGGCCGACGCUCGCUUGGCUGCGCUCCCCGCCCCUCGGAGGCCGGCCCUCCAGCGCGUCCCCAAGGUCCACAGCGCUUGCGGGUACUGAGCGCUCAAGCCGCCGGCCCCGACCCGGGCCCAGCAGCUUCCCAGGCCCGCACCCGUAGUGGAGGGAAGAGCCGCCUUGGGGAGGAGGGAAAGGGACCUGGGGGCGGCCACGGCAGGGUUAACCUCCAUUUCAGCUAAUCAUGGGAGAGAUUAAAGUCUCUCCUGAUUAUAACUGGUUUAGAAGUACAGUCCCCCUUAAAAAGAUUAUUGUGGAUGAUGACGACAGUAAAAUCUGGUCGCUCUACGAUGCAGGCCCCAGAAAUAUCAGGUGUCCUCUCAUAUUUCUCCCUCCCGUCAGCGGAACUGCUGAUGUAUUUUUCCGGCAGAUUUUGGCUUUGACUGGAUGGGGUUACCGGGUUAUAGCUUUGCAGUAUCCAGUUUAUUGGGACCAUCUUGAAUUCUGUGAUGGAUUCAGAAAACUUUUAGACCAUUUACAGUUGGAUAAAGUUCAUCUCUUUGGGGCUUCUUUGGGAGGCUUUUUGGCCCAGAAGUUUGCUGAAUACACUCACAAAUCUCCCAGAGUCCAUUCUCUCAUCCUCUGCAAUUCCUUCAGUGACACUUCUAUCUUUAACCAAACAUGGACUGCAAACAGCUUUUGGCUGAUGCCAUCAUUUAUGCUCAAAAAAAUAGUUCUUGGAAACUUUUCAUCUGGCCCAGUGGACCCUAUGAUGGCUGAUGCCAUUGAUUUCAUGGUGGACAGGCUGGAAAGUUUGGGGCAGAGUGAACUGGCUUCAAGACUUACCCUGAAUUGUCAAAAUUCUUAUGUGGAACCUCAUAAAAUUCGGGACAUCCCUGUAACCAUCAUGGAUGUGUUUGACCAGAGCGCACUUUCAACUGAAGCUAAAGAAGAAAUGUACAAACUGUAUCCUAAUGCCCGGAGGGCUCACCUGAAAACAGGAGGCAAUUUCCCAUACCUGUGCAGAAGUGCAGAGGUGAAUCUCUAUGUACAGAUACAUUUGCUGCAGUUCCACGGAACCAAAUAUGCAGCUAUUGACCCAUCGAUGGUCAGUGCUGAGGAGCUCGAGGUGCAGAAAGGCAACCUUGGCAUCAGUCAGGAGGAGCAGUAGCGGUUAGUGAUGAGUGAUCCAGUGUGUUUGUACAAUCAGUGACAUCAGUGCCCACCAGUCGGCCUCUCUCUUCGGUUCGUCAGGUCCACCGGUUAUCACUGUGUUUGGAACUAGGACUGAUUGUCAUCUUCGUGACAGGCGCCAGCUCUUCUAAGCCAGUGUAACUAUUCCCUCUUCAGUUUUUUUAGCUUUUGAACUUAAAGAUGUACUUUUGAAGAUUCCCAUUUUAAGAACUGUGAAAAUUUUGCUACCAAAAGUCUUCACCACUGUGUUGUUAAGUGAAUGUUAAUUUCUGAAUUUGGGGAUUCUGUGGAUUUUUUUCCUUUCCUUUCUUCCUUUCUUUCUGUUAUUUGCUGUAAAUGCUGCGCAUCCACAUUGUGUAUCAGAAGGACGUUGGUUAUUUUUAUGCUUUCUUGGUUAUAACUUAUCAGAGUGCCAAGGCUGUCACCCACUGUUUGCUCUCCUGUCAAUGAACUAUGUCUAAUUUCCAGUUAAGCAAAUUGUUUUCAGUUUUUGCUGUUGUCUUUCUACCCAUUACAGUCUUUGGAAUAAAAAUUUAAUUU